AUGCCGAUAAAAUAUGUUGAAGAAUUACUAAAAGAUUUCGAAAAAUUACGAUCUUUCGGGGAUAAUUACGAUGUAAUUAUUGAAGCUGGGGAGAGCGUAAAUAUAAAACAAUUUCACGUGCACUCCUUGAUCUUGACCCUUAGAUCAACCUAUUUUAAAACUGCGUUAUCAAACGAUUGGGCGCAUAAAGUAAACGGAAAGAUUAUUUUUAAAAAACCGAAUAUUAAUCCCGAUGUCAUGGAGAUAUUAUUGAAGUAUGUCUAUACCGGAAUUAUUGAUUUGGAUAAUCUCAGUGGACUAAAAGUAUUGAACCUUCUAAUAGCAACAGACGAAUUAGAUUUCAGAAUAAGCGAUCGUAUUAUUAAAAAUUAUGACUUUGAAAGUAAAUCUUUUAUAAAAGAAGAUCCAGCUGAAGUUCUACAUAUUGUAUUUCAUCUAAAAGAUCCUUUCACUGCGCUAAAAGAAGUUUGUUUACGUUCAAUAUGUGAAAAUUCCGAGUAUUUAUUUAAAUCACCAAACUUUUUAACAGUGGAUAAGCCAAUUUUAAAAUACCUUCUUCAAAGAGACGAUCUCAUAAUAAAAGAAUAUAACAUUUUGGAUUUUUUAUUGAAGUGGGGAGUGGAUCAAAUGUCGAGUACUGCCAAUAUUAAUGAUAUUUCUAACUGGACUACAGAUGAUUUUAACAAGUUGCGGGAAAUCCUUCAUGAUCUUAUUCCACUAGUUAGAUGGUUUCAAAUUCCUUCGGCGUUAUUUCAUCAUAACAUACGGCUUUAUAAAAUGAUUCUUCCAGAAAUUCUUUAUGAUGAUAUAAUUAAUUUUUAUAUUAACCCAAGGUCACUACCAAAUUCAUCGGUUUUAAUGAGUCCAAGGAAACGAUCCUUCAAUCCAUCCGAUUCACCUAAUAAUAGUUAUGGUCCAAUUUUUGGUAAUCGAGAUUUAGCAAUUAUAAGUAAUAUCCUUAUAAGUGGUGGUCUUAAUUCUUAUCCUGAAGCAAAACUCUUUUUAAAUCCUCAACAAGAAUUAUUUAUUGAAGAUUACGAAGUUUUUAAGGUCAAUAAAUUAAUAAAUAGAAUUGAUCCAAGUCGUGUAAGUAUUGAUGUCAUAUUCUAA